AUGGAGGUAGAAAAACCAAUAAAAUAGGAUAUUCAAAAUUAUCCUCCUAAAAUAGAAUAAGUUUAGGAUCAAUAAACUGUUUAAGUAGAGUUCAAACAAAUAUUAUAAAACUUAGAAGAAUAAAUUUCAUUAGUUUUCUAAAACUCUUCAUAUUUUGAAAAAGAAAAUUUUAGAGAUCAUCAUUCUAUAUAAUUGAUUACUUUUAAAGAGUAAAGACCAGUAGAUUUGUGGUAAUAAUUAUAAAAUGAAACUCCUAUAGGAAUUUACAAUACUAUUUUACCUAAGAAAUUAAUAAAAUAUUUGAUAGACUAGAUAAAUGUUAAAAUGAAGACUUCUUUUGCUAAUUAGGAUGAAAAAUAAAUUAGAAAGAAAUUAGUGAAGAUAGAUUAGAUUUUUGAUUUUUUUGGAAUAAAAAUAAUAAUGGGAUAUAUAAAAAUGCCUCAUUUAGAAGAUUACUUUAAUGAAAAGUAAUUAUUUUAAUGUAAGAUAUUUGAAUGCUUUAAAGAAGGAAGAUUUAAAUGUUUAGAGUAAUGGAGUAAUUUUACAGAUGAAAAUUUAUUAAAAAAUAUAAAUAAAAUGAAGCCAAUUAACGAAUUUCAAACAAUAAGAGUAUGCAAAAAAAUUGGAAAAAGUUUAAAAAAUAUUAAAGCAUCUGGAAAAGAUCUUAUAUUAUAAAUAAAUACAGAAUUUAUGGUUGAUUCAAUAAUUAAUUGUUAAUAAAUAAUACUUUGUGAUCCAAAAAGUAAAUUAAUAGUUUGGUAAUAUUUUUGUCAAAAUAUUUAAGAAGAGAAAGUAGGUCUUUAAAUAAUUUAUAUACUUUAAUAAUUCAAAGAUAAUAAUCAUACUUUAUACAUUUAUGACAAUAUUCUAAACAUAGAGUAAAUUUGUUUUUUAAAAUUGAAAUUAAAAAUUUAAUGUGUAACAAUAAUUGAUAGAAAAUUAGUAAGUUAAAUACCUUAAAUUCCACUUUACCUUGAUUUUAUGUCAAUAAUAAAAGAAUAAAAUGAAGUUUAUGCAGUAACCUGUGGAGAAUAGAUUCAAUAAUCAAUCUGUGUUUAUAAUCAAUAUAAAGAAACUAUGUUAUUAUAUUGUAUUCAUAAAUUUCGACCUAGUUUUUCAUAUUUACAUUAUACAAGUGCAAUAAUGACUGAGUUACAAGAGAUAAUAAUAUGGAACUCUUAUUAAAUAUAAUUAAAAACAAAAGUACAAUAAAAUUAAUAGACUUAUGAAUAAUUUCGUUUAGGAUUGGCUUAAGAAUUAUUAAAGAAUAAGAUUACAUAGAUAAAAAAUGUACCAACUUUAUUACAUAAAUAGAAAGUAAUAAAUGUAGCUUUGGGAACAGAAAUAAUAGGUGAUUAUGGUUAAGGAACUAAAAUAAACUCAAAAUCAUUAUUCCAUAUUCCAACAAUAAUGGCUACUCCUAAAAGUUAUGCAGGAUCAAUGAAUUGUUUAGUGUGUAAAAGAAAUACUUAAUUAAUAACUUUAUGCAAACCUUGUUCAGAAAUAUCAGGGAAGUUAGUAAUAUUAUGUGCAUGUGAUUGCUUUUAUUUAUUUCAUUAAAAUACUUUGGAAUAUAUAAUAAAUGGAGAAGAUGUUACAUAAACUUAAUAUAAAUCAAUUGAAUAAUCGAGUCAGCAAUUAUAUCAUUAAGCUUUUUAGUAGAAACCUGGUUUAAUGUAUGAAAAUGUAGAUAAAGGAAAAUCAGUUUAAUAUGCAAAAUAAGUAGAAAUAGAAUGA